AUGCCGGUCACCGUCUGGGAAACCAAGGCUGGUGGUCAUGUCGAUGUUACAGAGCGAAGACUAAAGCCAAUAUACGAGGCUCUGGACACUCACAACAACAAGAAAGCUAUUCAACUAGCAGACAAAUUGCUAGAGAAACAAGAUUUGCUAUGUGCUAAGGUGUUGAAAGCGUUGGCUUUGCUGCGUUUAGCCUCGCCCCAGACGCAGUGUGGAUUGCAACCACUAGUGGUGAUGGAAGCGCAUCCGGGGCUGCAAGCCACUGGGGCGAGGCUCUGCUGCGUUCAGGAAGAGAUGAAACCUGAAUAUAUUGUGGAGAUCGAAGUUACUGUCAAAGAUGACCCGACUAACGAAGAAUAUAUGACACAUUUGUUUAUGGCUUAUGUUAGACUGAAUGAGUACAAGAGACAGCAGCAACAUCAGCAUCAGCGUCAACAUCAAAGGAUGCCGCCUGCAUCAAGACGGUGUCUUGAUGUUGACGCUCAGCCGAAGCUACGGCUGUAUGUAAUGGUAUUAAGGCAACAGAACAAACAUGAAGCUGCUCUUACGGUUUUGCAAGGUGAACUUUCUGCUUUAUGGCAGGAUGAGAGUGAGAAAGAGCAGCUCGAGAGAGAAAUUUUGUGGACUUUGAAAAGAUGGCCAGUCAUAAACCAAAUAACAAAGAGAGACCUUCAAACAGAGCGAGUUUGUUCAGACGACUGGGGUCUUUAUCAACUCUAUUUUGACUCUGUUUUUGGACUAAUGGAGAUGCAGGCUUUGUCUAUAGCAACAGGCGAUGAUGCUGGAGACAAUGUCUGUGAUGAUGACUUAGAUCGAGAUGUAUUGACUGCGUGGAAAUUUGUUGACUCACUUGUUGCUAAAGAACUUGAAAAGAAAGGAGCCAAAUUAAGAGGACCAUUUAUGGCUCGUAUGGAACUAGUAAAUCGAUCAAGACAGCAUGGAGUUGGACAACACCUGGCAGAUGUGGCAGCACCAUUGCAAAUGUUUUGUGAGUACUAUGACUUGUUUGGUGAUCAGUACUGUUGUUACUCUGAUGUGGACAAUUAUCUUCAUUUGAUGGAUGACAGUCAACAACCUGAGUUUCUUACUAAACUGAGAAGUCAAGCUGCAUUGUCCAGUUCAAGUGAUGAAGCUGAAACGAUUGAUAGGAAAGAAGCAUUAAAUGAUCAGAGCUUUUUGUCAUGACUUAAGACUUGAUUUUUUCAACUCAGCAACUCAUUGAACAUACGGAAUCAGUGAACUGCUUUGGUGUUGUGUUUCCUCUAGUUUGUCCGAUCCACUCGGUCAACCCGGUGAUUACCUCGAAUGGUGCGAAGUGCGUGGCUAAGUGCGCUACUCUUCUCUCUUGUGAUCAUUACUGCAGUGAUCUUUGUCAUUUAUCAAAACCUCACCCAAAAUGCAAAAUAAAUGUUGAAUUCAAGUUUCUCCAGGUGUGGUCAUCCUUUACAGCGGGUAUGCCAUGUUCCCGAAAAAGACUUGUAUUGCAAAGAGAUGAUUCAACAUGAGCAUCCACCAUGUAAACACACCAUUCAUCAUCCAUGUUGCAAGACAUACAAUCAAUCAAAUGCCAGUUAAAAUGUGAACGUUGUAGACCUCAGUGUGGACACCAUUGUGAGCUCUUAUGCCAUCAGGAUUGUGUUUCUGCUGAGAAAUGUUCCAGCUGUGAUGCAAUUAAAGAGGAAACUUCUAAGAAGGCAAGAACAAUUAAGACGUGUAGAGCAUAAUAGCUAUCUAUUAAAUGGUUACUGUUAACUGUAACAUUUCCGGUUGAUUAACAAGCAAGAGCAAGUGCCAAAAAUGCUGAGCUUCAACGAGUUGCUCUCGAAAAGGAACUACAGAAACUACGAAACAAGCCUCCAGAAGCAACGUGUUUGGUAGAUGUAAGCCAAACUGCUGAAAACGAUCUGUUUCGAGAUAUUCAAGAGAGAGUUUCUUGGUUUUUGCCUGCAACAGAUGGAAUGGAAAUAACCAUUAUUUCUCUUAAAAGAAUAAUGAAUUACAGACUGCAUAAACAUUGGCUUGCGGCUAGAUUGAGACUGCAAGAGGUGACUGAUUUUGUCCACCGAUUCCUAGUAGUGUCGCAAGCUGAACUUGAAGAUGUCAUUGAGAAAGGAAUAGCAGCACGAAAGAUAAAGAAGGAAGGAUUUGAUUCAGGGGUAGUUCAGGACAAGGUUGACGGUAUGAAGUGACUCAUUCUGUUGUCUUCCUCUCAGGCUAUGCCAGACUAUGUAGCUUCGUUUGCAGUUACAACGAUGAAAACAACUACGUGUAUGUCAAUUGAGCCAGGAAUGACGUAUAAAUCUGGCCAUUUCGAAGUGAAAUCUUUACUUCCUUCUCGAAACUUGAAGAAACGACUGGAUGAGUUGCUUUUCCGGGCAGCAGAAGCACAGUUUUACCGUAUGUUCAAAAUACAAGAGCACGACAGGAAGCGUGUUUGUGUUGUGCAAGUUGAUGUAGUUGAUAAUGGUGAUCUCAACAUUUGAUGCAGCUAAGAAGAAGCAACAAUUUUGAGACUGAAAAGAAACCUGUGGAUGAACUUUUUGUUUUUCAUGGAACAUCAGUACAGAUACUUCAAUAGACGCGAUCCUUAAUUAAGGAUGGUUUCAAAGUAGGAGGAAAGGACAUCACAAUCGUUAAUGGAUCUAAGUAUGGUGUAGGUGUCUACACUGCUGAAGAUCCAUCAGUGGCCAUGCUCUAUGCAAAGAGGGGUCCGUCUAGAAAGCUUCUUCUGUCUCUCAUUCUACCUGGUCUCGAAGGUGAAGACUACUUUAGAGGUGCACAUGAGCAUGUAUUUGUCUUAAAGACAUCUGAGCAACUUUUACCCCAAUAUGUUAAUUGUGCACAUUGGAAGUAAUUGAAUGUAGCAGUUGUGUGAUAUAUGUUAGUCCUAUGGCAAAAAUCAACAAACCAUGCAAUUAUAGUGAUACAAGGAAGCUAAUUACAAAUUUGACAUUUAUGGAUUUUAAGAGUAGAUGAACGAAAGCUAGCUAGUGUUCCUAGUUUAUUGGCUGUAAUGUUCUGUGGUUAGUGUCUUUCUUUUUAUGUCUUUUAUGUAUGUGC